AGACCAUGGCAAUGGCAGGGAUGAAUCCUGGCCAUAUGGCAGGGAACCAGCCAUGGAACCAGGCACCCUCUGGGCCAUGGGGGACUGUCACACUCAGCAUUGACAAUGCUUUCAUGCCGACAGGGACAACAAUAGCACAAUUCUAUGCAUCCAACCCGAUGAACAAGGCCCUGACCAGGGCGGCGGUGAGGACCGUUAUCGAGAGACAGGUGUCCGGCGGGAGGAACCCAGAGGUGGCGAGCAUCACUGUCGGUGGGAAGGUACUUGUGGAGGUGCUGUUCAAGACAGAGGAAGGGUGGAAGUACUUCAAAAGGAUUCAGGACAGUGGACGUCUGCGGCUGGGGCUGGAGGAUGAACUGAGAAAAAUAAACUUCCCAGGGACUAAACCAUACCCGGGCUCCCCACAAGCCGCGUCUGCCUCCAAGUACAAGCGGUACCCUGGCAUCUCCAUCCACUUUGAGCCACUCCAGCAUACAGCAGCAGCCGCCUCACCAUUGCCACAGUUGUCCCUCACACCCCCCACCCCAGCAACUGCCCCUGCCCAGCCUGCCUAUCCCAGCGUCCCUUUCUCCAGCUACGGCAGCAUGCCAUCCCUGCAGCACGGCAGUUCCCCCCCUCACCACUCCAGCUUCCUCCCCACCCAGCCCUCAGUAGACAGCCGACGCUCAUCCGUGGAUACUCUUCCCUUUGCAAUCUCGUCCGCAAAAAGUUCCCCUCCCGAAGACUCCGCCCAGCGAACCUCUCUAUCUUCCCACGACUCGCUACGAUCAUCGAGCCUGUCUCCCUUCAUUAUGGCUGGGUCUCCUCCUGGUUCACUACAUUCAGGCAUGACCUCUAUGAGGUCAACGACAGGUUCCUACUCACCAACAAAGAGCUCGGAGUUCGGCUCCUCUCUGCACUCGACGUCUCCCUUUGUGGGGUCUGCUCCACACGGGAGCUCCCAGUUUGGUGGAACAGCCAGCUCAGGGCUGUUGGCCAUCAGUAGGUCUCCCCCCUCUGAUCACGGAUCCCUCCAGCUGCCUUACUCUGCCUCUCCACUCAUGGGCUCCUCCAGGAGGACAUCUAUAGACAGUGUGAGUUUGCUUCAGCAAUCAACAGGACUACCUAUGUCCUCAUUGCAGAGCCCACCACGCACCCUACCAUGGCAGAAGCCUGAAGAGGAGGUAGCAGGGUACAUCCUGAUCAGGACCCUGGGGAGCGGCAGUUUUGGGGAGGUGUGGCUGGGGAGGAACAGGAAGGACUGGAAACAGUACGCCAUGAAGCGGGUCUCAAUGGUGGAACGUUCAGAAGAUGAGCGAGAAGCAGCCCUGCGGGAAUCAGAGGUGCUGCGAGACCUGAAACAUCCCAACCUGGUGGGGUACAAGGAAGCCUUUGAACAGUUUGGAUACCUGUACAUCGUGAUGAACUACUGUGACGGAGGUGACCUGUUCACCAGGCUGAAGGGACAGAGCGGGCGGCCCCUGGAGGAGCCCGUGCUGGUCGAGUGGUUUGUGCAGAUCGCCAUGGCGAUACAGUACCUUCAUAAUCACAACAUCAUCCACCGUAACCUGACCACUCGUAACAUCUUCCUGACGCUGCGGUACCGGCUGCUGAAGGUAGGGGACAUCGGGCUGCCGGCGGUGGUGGACGGAACCCGCUCCAUGGCGGAGAAGCAGAAAGCCAUGGGCAUGCCGUGCUACAUGAGCCCUGAGUCACUGGCAGGGCGACGACACAGCAACGAGGUGAAUACACAGUUUUACACUUUUACAGUGUCUGUUGUUGCAUAG